AUGCCCGACUCGCCACCACCUGAGGAGCGAGAGAAGGCCGACGUCCAGGCCCGCGCAAAGGAGCAGGCCGAGCAGGCCGCGCUGCCGUACAAAUGGGACCAAACCAUCAAGGACGUCGACAUCACAAUCUCCAUCGAAGCAAAGUACAAGGGAAAGGACUUGGACGUCAAGAUCAGCCGGAACGCGCUCAAAGUCGGCAUCAAGGGCCAGCAGCCUUUCAUUGAUGGCGAGCUUCCCCACGCCAUCCGUGUCGAUGAGUCGACCUGGACGCUCGCCUCAUCUGGCUCGGCCAAAGAAAUCGCCGUUCACCUCGACAAAAUGAACCAAAUGGAGUGGUGGCCCCAUGUCAUCACCUCCGCGCCCAAAAUCGACGUCUCCAAGAUCCAGCCUGAGAACAGCAAACUGGGUGAUCUCGACGGCGAGACACGCGGCAUGGUGGAGAAGAUGAUGUUCGACCAGAGGCAGAAGGAGCAGGGAAAGCCGACCAGCGACGAGCAGAAGAAGCUGGACAUUCUCUCGCAGUUCAAGCAGCAGCAUCCCGAGAUGGACUUUUCGAAUGCAAAGAUGGGAUGA